GAUGGCGAAACCCAAGCGUCUCCCGGGGGGGUUUGAACUGGCCAAUGGGCGAGCUGCCGACCGGGUGUCGGAAAAGGAGGCGGAAGCCGGGAGGAGCCGCCGCCAGAGCCAGACUGCAUCCGCCGCGGCGUCUCCAUGGCACGACCGUGGCCUCCGACUUCAACGACUUCAUAAGGCGGCGUUUCUGGGCUCAGCCGUGUCGCUCCUGGACAGUUGCUGUGCGACUUGGACAGUAGAGGAGCGCCUCCAAAGUUUUCAUCCAACUGCCAACCCCAAAGCUUCCACCCUUCUCCCCUCAGAGAGGACGUUUGAUGCCAGGCCCCUUGAGAGGCUCAUUGACAAGCCCGCCCCUCUGGGUCCCCCUGAGCAGAGCCUGCUGACCCAAUUGCCCACCUUUGCGGCUUUGAUGCCUAGCCAUGUCUGCCUCAUCCUCAGGCGGCUCCCCCAGGUUUCCAUCGUGUGGGAAGAACGGAGUAACGAGUCUCACGCAGAAAAAGGUCUUGAGAGCACCUUGUGGCGCACCCAGUGUAACUGUAACGAAGCCAACCAUGAAGGACCGCUCUUCAACUCCCCCCUUACAUGUUCAUGUGGAUGAGAACACCCCUGUCCACGUCCACAUAAAAAAACUCCCGAAACCAUCAGCGACCAGCAGCCAGAAAUCUCACAAGCGAGGAAUGAAAGGGGACACUGUGAAUGUGCGGCGGAGUGUCCGGGUGAAAACCAAGGUACCUUGGAUGCCCCCUGGAAAAUCAUCUGCCCGGCCCGUGGGAUGCAAGUGGGAGAAUCCACCUCAUUGCCUGGAGAUCACGCCACCAUCUUCAGAAAAGCUGGUCUCAGUGAUGCGGUUAAGUGACCUCUCUACAGAAGAUGAUGACUCAGGUCACUGUAAAAUGAACCGUUAUGAUAAGAAGAUUGAUAGUCUAAUGAAUGCGGUUGGUUGUCUGAAGUCUGAGGUCAAAAUGCAGAAGGGUGAGCGCCAGAUGGCCAAAAGGUUCCUGGAGGAGCGGAAGGAAGAGCUGGAGGAGGUGGCCAACGAACUGGCCGAGACUGAACAUGAGAACACGGUGCUGAGACACAACAUCGAGCGCAUGAAGGAGGAGAAGGACUACACCAUACUUCAGAAGAAACACCUACAGCAGGAGAAGGAGUGCCUCAUGUCCAAGCUGGUGGAGGCUGAAAUGGACGGGGCUGCGGCUGCCAAGCAGGUCAUGGCCUUGAAGGAUACCAUCGGGAAGCUGAAAACGGAGAAACAAAUGACCUGCACGGACAUCAACACCCUGACGAGGCAGAAGGAACUUCUCCUGCAGAAGCUGAGCACAUUUGAGGAGACCAACCGCACCCUCCGAGACCUCCUGAGGGAACAGCACUGCAAAGAGGAUUCUGAAAGACUAAUGGAGCAACAAGGAGCACUACUGAAACGGCUGGCGGAGGCCGACUCAGAGAAAGCGCGCCUGCUGUUACUGCUGCAAGACAAGGACAAGGAGGUGGAAGAGCUCCUUCAGGAAAUACAAUGUGAGAAGGCUCAAGCAAAGACAGCCUCUGAGCUUUCUAAAUCCAUGGAGUCCAUGCGUGGGCAUUUGCAGGCACAGCUUCGGUCCAAAGAAGCUGAGAACAGUCGCCUGUGCAUGCAGAUCAAGAAUCUGGAGCGCAGCGGGAAUCAGCACAAGGCAGAAGUGGAGGCCAUCAUGGAGCAGCUGAAGGAGUUGAAGCAGAAGGGAGACCGAGACAAAGAGAGCUUGAAGAAGGCCAUCCGAGCCCAGAAGGAGCGAGCCGAGAAGAGCGAGGAGUACGCUGAGCAGCUGCACGUGCAACUCGCUGACAAGGAUCUUUAUGUCGCUGAAGCUUUAUCCACUCUGGAGUCCUGGAGAAGCCGCUACAACCAAGUUGUAAAAGACAAGGGAGACCUCGAGCUGGAAAUUAUUGUCCUGAAUGACCGGGUAACAGAUCUCGUAAAUCAACAACAAACCUUGGAGGAGAAGAUGCGGGAAGACCGGGAUAGUCUGGUGGAGAGACUACACCGUCAGACUGCUGAGUAUUCCGCAUUCAAGCUGGAGAAUGAGAGACUGAAGGCCAGCUUUGCUCCAAUGGAGGACAAGCUCAACCAGGCACACCUCGAGGUCCAGCAGCUGAAGGCCUCAGUGAAGAACUAUGAGGGGAUGAUUGACAACUAUAAGAGUCAGGUGAUGAAGACCAGAUUGGAGGCUGAUGAAGUAGCUGCCCAGCUAGAACGCUGUGACAAAGAGAACAAGAUCCUUAAAGAUGAGAUGAACAAAGAGAUUGAGGCGGCACGAAGGCAGUUCCAGUCUCAGCUGGCUGACCUGCAGCAGCUCCCUGACAUCCUGAAGAUCACGGAGGCGAAGCUGGCUGAGUGCCAAGACCAACUGCAGGGCUAUGAGCGGAAGAACAUCGACCUCACAGCCAUCAUAUCAGACCUGCGCAGCCGGAUCGAACACCAGGGGGACAAGCUGGAGAUGGCGAGAGAGAAACAUCAGGCUUCCCAGAAGGAAAAUAAACAGCUGAGUCUGAAGGUGGAUGAACUGGAGAGGAAACUGGAGGCGACCAGUGCCCAGAAUAUCGAGUUCCUACAGGUGAUUGCCAAGAGGGAAGAGGCAAUCCACCAGUCUCAGCUGCGGCUGGAGGAGAAAACACGUGAAUGCGGGACCCUGGCAAGGCAGUUGGAGAGCGCCAUUGAAGAUGCGAGGAGGCAGGUGGAACAAACCAAGGAGCACGCGCUGUCCAAGGAGCGAGCAGCCCAGAGCAAAAUCCUGGACCUUGAGACUCAGCUGAGCAGAACCAAAACUGAACUGAGCCAGCUGCGGCGGAGCCGUGACGAUGCGGAUCGCCGCUACCAGAGCCGGCUGCAAGACCUGAAAGAUCGCCUGGAGCAGUCCGAGAGCACCAACCGCAGCAUGCAGAACUAUGUCCAGUUCCUCAAAUCAUCAUACGCCAACGUGUUUGGGGAUGGUCCCUAUACCACCUUCUUGACCAGCUCUCCCAUCCGCUCCCGAUCUCCUCCUGCCUGAGGCCACCUAUCAGGGCCUGGAGCCCUGACGGAAGCCGUGGGAACUCUGGAGUUGCCAAGCCAUAGCUGGGAAGCCUGGUGGUUUUCCUCUCCCAGUGAUAAAAUGGGUUCAGGGUCUUGUCCUUAGGUACUAGCUCUAGAAAAGUCCCAGAAGCAGCAGAAGGUGAAGCAGGAAGCACUUGGUUUUCUCCUCCCUGAUACAGUCACCUGAUGGAAGUUUUAAAAUUUCCUCAACAGGCCUUAAGUUUACUACUACAGUAGGGUACCAGAUUUUAACUUACCAUGACUUUGCUCCCUCCUUUCCGGAGAAAGUAUUUCCACUGGAUUUUUUCCACCAGCCCCCUUACAACCCUCAUUGUUUUAGGAAUCUCUCUCUCAGGUUUUCUCUGACCUAAACCAGCAGGAGGUCAUCCUGGGCUGUGAGCACCAUCACUUGCUUUUUUUUUUUUUUCUCUGAUUUCAGAAGUGUGGUGUUUUCCCAAGGCUCCCUUCCCAAGCUCAGUGCAAACCUCUCACUCCUGAGUUUCUUUGAGGCCACUUGCCCCCAAGCACUUCACAAUAGACCCUCGAGGGCUCGUGUCCAUUUGGCCUUUUACCAGUGUAAUGCCAAUUUCAUUGAUUUUUGUUUCUUUUUGCCUGGUUUGUAUCUCCAGAAUGCAUUUAUUCUUGAAAUAUUUGUGUGAUUUUACAAAAAGCUUUUAUAAUCAGUUAUUUAAGGCUCCAUUUGAUGAUUUCCUUUACCCAACCACUCCUCAUCCCUCGUCUGAAAAAUGAUUAAGUAAAAUGCUGCAGGAGAGCCAGCAGACAUUUUUAAAGUACUUGGUGCCUGAAACAUCGGGCUUUCAUUUCAUUUUAGCUCAGGUUGGUGCUUUCACAUUAUAAUCAGUGAACUGUCAGGAGGGAACAAACUGUAAGAAGGAUUGCUUGGUGUUUUAGGGUAGAUCACUUCAGCUGUUAGGAAGAGGAUGGGAUAGUGUACAGUAUAUAUUUUUAAAAUGUGAAUUGGUUUCUGAAUAAGAAUCUGGGCCAUUUUUGUUCACCA